GUCCCUGGGCUGCGGAAGGGCCUGGCUGUGUGUGUGUGUGUGUGUGUGUGUGUGUGUGGAGUUUGUUUCUUACUUUCCCCUCCCCCAUCCGCUGCUGCUGCUGCUGAGGCCGAGACAUGAAUGCGAUGAAUGUGGGGCUCACUUCAAAGCAGAUCGUGAGGGCAGCAAAAGGGGUGUUGUAAUGCCGUCAGCGAAGGAAAAACGCAGCGAACGCGAGCCGUUUUUAGAUGGCCGCGUUUUUUUCCCGUGCGAGGAAUUCUUUCGCAGUGGCAUUAAUAGAAGCCUGGAUAUAAACUUUCUGCCUUGUGGGCUGUACUGGGACAGGGUGCAGGGACACUGUGAGCAUGAGCGUAAACGAGACGGCCUGUUAUCUGCCCGACGUGGGCGGCAGCUUCACUGAGGAUGCCCCCAGACCCCCGGUCCCUGGGGAGGAGGGCGAUCUGGUGUCCAGAGAUGGACGGCAAUACAGCCACAGUUUUUACUCGUCUAAGAGUGAGAGCCUCAAGAACGAGACCUCCAUAGCUACACCCAGAAGACCCGACCUGGAUCUGGGCUAUGAGCCCGAGGGUAGCGCUUCCCCAACGCCACCCUACCUGAAGUGGGCGGAGUCUUUGCACUCGCUUUUAGACGACCAAGAUGGCAUCCACUUGUUCAGGACUUUCCUCAAACAGGAGGACUGUGCCGACAUGCUGGACUUCUGGUUCGCCUGCAGCGGCUUCCGCAAGCAGGAGGCCAACGAAGGCAAUGAGAAGAUGCUGAAACUCGCGAAAGCCAUUUACAAAAAAUACAUCUUGGAUAACAAUGGAAUUGUGUCCAGGCAGAUCAAACCGGCCACCAAGAGCUUCAUCAAGGACUGCGUGAUGAAGCUUCACAUUGAUCCUGCCAUGUUCGACCAGGCGCAAACUGAAAUUCAGACUAUGAUGGAAGAAAACAGCUACCCUUUGUUUUUAAAGUCCGAUAUAUACUUGGAAUACACCAGGACGGGCGGAGAGAGUCCCAAACUAUUCAGCGACCAGAGCUCGGUGUCAGGCAACGGCAAAGCCCUGCCGGGCUACUUGCCAACUCUGAACGAAGACGAGGAAUGGCGGUGCGAACAGGAGCAGAACCACGAAAGCGACCCCACUCCCAGCAACAGGCUGACCCAGAAGCUGCUCAUGGAAACCGUGCCUCAGCGGGUGGCCAGCACUAAAAGAUAUCAGGACAACCGUGAAUACAGACACACGUCAUGGAGGGAGCCCAUCAACCCGUACUACGUGAACACCGGCUACGCGCUGGCUCCCGCCACCAGUGCCAACGACAGCGAGCAGCAGAGCAUGUCCAGUGAUGCAGACACUCUCUCCCUGACCGACAGCAGUGUAGAUGGAGUCCCACCUUACAGAUAUCGUAAGCCGCAUCGACAUGAGAUACACGAAAGUGCCAAAGUUAAUGGGCGAGUGCCUCUACCUCAUAUUCCUCGCACAAACCGGAUGCCAAAGGAUAUUCACGUUGAGCCAGAGAAGUUUGCAGCGGAGCUCAUCAGCAGGCUGGAGGGGGUGCUGAGGGAACGUGAGGCGCAAGAAAAACUGGAAGAGCGGCUCAAGAGGGUUCGACUGGAAGAGGAAGGUGAUGAUGCAGACAUCUCAACCGCUCCCUCCCUGGCCAAUCACAGGGUUGCUCCUGCAGUCCAUGUGCAGCAUUAUGGCGGUCGCUACUCUGAAAUGAGCUACAACGGGCUGCAGCUACGGGACGCACACGAGGAAAACCCCGAGAGCAUCCUGGACGAGCAUGUGCAGCGUGUCAUGAAAACCCCCGGCUGUCAAUCUCCGGGCACGGGCCGCCACUCUCCGAAGUCCCGCUCCCCUGACGGGCUUCCCGCGGGCAAGAUUCCCGGGGUGAUGAUGCCGCUCUCUGGUGGCCAAGGCAAGCACCAGGCUCGGCUAGGCCCAAAGGGUGAGGCAGCGCACAUGCACCAUCACAAACACGUUCACCACACACACUAUGCCGCUGGGGGGAAACCCAAAGAGCAGGUGGAGGUGGAAGCCACGAGGAUGCACGGAGGGUUCGCCUGGAACAUGGAGCAACACCACUAUGGAUCCAAGACACGCAACUUUGCAGAUGGAAUGAGUGUCGGCCCCAAUGCCAUGGACCCAAUGGGUUAUGGCAGUAAAGGAAGCACACUGUCAAAGCGUCCAGUCAGAAAAGGAGAUGAUGGUCGAAACUUUGAGAUGCGAGAGCCCUUGCCCCUUGAUGAUAUGGAGAGGAACCAGAAGAUACUGCAGUGGAUGAUGGAGGGAGAGAAGGAAGCUGGACGCUAUAAGAGGAGCCCUUACGGGAGCAUCUCUGGCUCCAAGAAGGCUCAGGGUCACGAGGUGUCGAGGCCCAGCUCGGUGGAGCGACCAGGGGCUGUGCACCCUUGGGUUACCGCUCAGCUCCGCAACAAUGUGCAACCUUCCCAUCCCUUCAUCCAAGAUCCAACCAUGCCCCCCAACCCAGCCCCAAACCCCCUUACCCAGCUGGAAGAGGCACGCAGGCGGCUUGAGGAAGAGAGGAGGAAGUCUGGAACAUUGCAAGCUAAGCAGAGGCAUAAGAACAUGAAGAAGCAGCCCUGUGAGAACAUCAUUGUGGCCUAUUACUUCUGUGGAGAGCCCAUCCCGUACAGGACAUCCGUCAAAGGAAGGAUCGUCACACUGGGACAGUUCAAGGAGCUGCUUACUAAGAAAGGGAGCUACAGGUAUUAUUUCAAGAAAGUGAGCGACGAAUUUGACUGCGGGGUGGUGUUCGAGGAGGUACGCGAAGACGAUGCCAUCCUGCCCAUCUUCGAAGAGAAGAUCAUUGGAAAAGUUGAGAAGAUCGACUGAGGCUGCGAGGGAGGCGGGAAGAGAGGGACUCGGGCAGGAUAUGGAGAAAGAGAGGAAGCAGCGAGCAGGUGCUGAGAUUGGUACAGCGAACGUGGACGUGCAGAACAGGGACGGUUGCUGAGGAAAAUACACUAUUUCCUCCGAGGCUUCUACCUCCGCACAACAGCUUUUAAAGUCACACUGCUGCUCAGUGCUCAAGAUCACUGCAUUGUGCAUGGAAAGCCCUUGGACUCAGAGACGAAAGUGCGAGGCAGCGUUCUCUCACUUUUGCUAUAUUUCUAACUCUGAAAAAUGUAAUGUAGCAAUGUAAAGUUAGCUUAGAAAAAAGUACUAUGAAUACGUUUACUAAAGCUGCAUAUUUUUGAUAUGACGUAUCAGAAGGAACAUAUCCUUUCUAAUUUAACAACUCUUGUAAUUUUAUAUGUACUGGUACCAGAUGUGUACAGACUGUCUGUUUAAAAGGAAAAAGAGAAAGUUUUAUAUCUAUUUAAAUAAAAAAAAAAAAAAGAA